AUGAGCAGCCCUAAGAGGAGAAUCGAGACGGAUGUCAUGAAGCUGAUGAGCGACUAUGAGGUCACUCUAGUCAAUGAUAACAGCAAGAGUUCUAUGUGCGCUCCCUUCGCCGGCGGCCUAUGGAAGAUCCACGUCGAGCUGCCCGACCAGUACCCAUACAAGAGCCCCAGCAUUGGCUUUGUGAACCGCAUCUUCCACCCCAACAUCGACGAACUGUCCGGCUCCGUUUGCUUGGACGUCAUCAACCAAACAUGGUCGCCCAUGUACGACAUGAUCAACAUCUUCGAGGUCUUCCUCCCCCAGCUCCUGCGCUACCCGAACCCCACCGAUCCGCUAAAUGGCGAGGCGGCUGCUCUGCUUAUGCGCGAGCCCAAGAGCUACGAUGCUAAAGUAAAAGAAUACGUAAGCAAGUACGCCUCGAAAGAAGCCGCCGACGACGCCGACGAGGACAGCGAUGAGGAGGAGGAAAUGAGCUCGGUGGGCAGCUAUGAAUCAGGCGACGAUGAUGAGCCGGCUGGCAACAUGGAGGAAAUCUGA